AUGCCUCUGUUGCGCAAAGGGCAAAGUGACGAUGAUUCUGUCAUUGAAUCUGAAUCAUAUGAGAGUGCUCCGGCCGUGAACCAUAUCGAGGAGUCGUCAAAGAGCGGCUGGUAUUUGGCUCUCCUCACGGUGUCUAUUGGCGGUCUACAAGUGGUCUGGUCUGUUGAACUGUCCAAUGGAUCGCCCUUCCUUCUUUCAUUGGGUAUGAGUAAGGCACUUCUUGCUAUGGUAUGGAUCGCUGGGCCUUUGACGGGUACUUUGGUACAGCCAUAUGUUGGCAUCCGAAGCGACAACUGCCGCAUAUCGUGGGGUAAGAGGAAGCCGUUUAUGGUUGCUGGCGGCAUAGCUACCAUUGUUACUUUACUCGUUCUUGCGUGGGUGAAAGAGAUUGUUAGUGGCUUUUUAUCGAUAUUCGGUGUCGACCCACUUUCUAGUGGCACCAAGGUGGUGAUUAUUAUCGUGGCUACAAUCACCAUGUUUAGCCUCGACUUUGCAAUCAAUACUGUUCAAGCUGGUAUCCGAGCAUUUAUACUUGACAACUGUCCUGCUCAUCAACAGGAGCUGGCUAAUGCUUGGGCAAGUCGGUGGACAGGUGUUGGCAACAUCAUCGGUUAUGUCUUCGGUUACAUGAACUUGCCAAGUCAACUGCCCUUCUUGGGAAAUACACAAUUCAAAGUGCUCGGUGCUAUUGCUUCGAUUUUCCUUGUUGCGACAUUGAUCCCCAGCUGUCUCUAUAUUCAAGAACGUGAUCCUCGGCUUGACGGCCCUCCAGCUACAAAUGGACUAGGUCUUGUCGCAUUUUUCCGGCAGACAUUCAAAUCUAUCCGCAAUCUCCCGCCACAGAUUGCCCGAGUCUGUGAGGUCCAGAUAGCAUCGUGGGUGGGCUGGUUUCCGUUCUUGUACUACUCCACAACCUACAUCGGCCAGCUCUAUCUCAACCCGAUCUUUGCAGAGAAUCCUGAUAUGACCGGGGACCAGGUCGACAAGCUGUGGGAAGAUGCGACACGACUCGGUACAUUUGCCCUGCUCAUCAACGCUGUUAUUUCCUUUACAUCAAACACGAUUCUUCCACUAUUCGUUGUGUCUAGUUAUCAACCGGUUGCUGCACAGGUUGAAAGCGAAGGUGUCGAAGACUCCAACUAUGAAGAGGAGAACGAAACGGGUCGGCGAUUAUCAUUUUCAGCUAUGCCCACGGAGACAGCGUCCGAACCUCUGCUAGAUGUGAUACCUGGUAUGAAACAAGCAUGGCUCUCACGCCUGCAGAUUCCAGGAUUCACACUUCGCCGAACUUGGAUGUUCUCUCACAUAUGGUUUGCAGCCUGUACAUUCAGUACAUUUUUCAUCUCCUCGUACCAAGCUGGGUCUAUUGCCAUAGGAUUCAUCGGAAUAUCAUGGGCGGUAACACUCUGGGCACCAUUCGCCCUGAUAUCAGCCGAGGUUUCACGAAUUGGUCUCGAGAAGCGGUUGCGCCGCCUCAACACAACACCAACCACCAGUCAACCCCUUUAUGAACAAGGCCACAGCUCUGGUUCUUAUGUCCCAGUUCCUGGCGAGGAGCAUCAAGAUUUAGAUAUUAACGAGAAUGAGCUUGAGGAAGGCCCCAAAACCGCUGAAGAUUCGGACGAGAAUCUAGUGCAAGCAGGUAUCAUCCUGGGACUUCAUAAUGUGGCGAUCUCCUUUCCGCAAAUAUUUUCCAGCUUGAUUUGUAGUGCUAUAUUCAAGGCAGUCCAAAAACCAAGAGGCGAGCCUUGGGAUGACAGCGUGGGUUGGGUGCUCCGAUUUGGAGGAACUGCAGCAUUGGUUGCAGCAUGGUUAACUAAGAGAUUAGCGGAAGGGCGGCGGCAGUGA